AUGUUUGCAUCCACUCCUAAAAUUAAAACUUAUUCAUCAUUACUCUAAAACUCUCUAUAACAUAAACCAAUUUAAUAACCAAUUUUUACAGAAUUAACUCCCUCUACACCUCAAAAAUAUAAUAUUUUAAAGAAUGUCAAAAUGCUAAAUGUCUCUUCCUAACCUACUGAAAAUAGUUUUAGAUCAAAUAAUUCUAAAAGGAUAAUGACAUAAGAUAGUCCAUAAAUUAAUAAGGAAAAUGUAAAUUUUAGAAUUGAUUAAUCUUCAAGCUAAAUUGAAAUUUAACUUAAACAUUAUAUGUAAGAAAAUAAAAAACUUUCUGAUUUGGUUUCUAAAUUAACAAGAGAAAAAUAAGAAUUAUUAGAUUAAAUUACAAAUACAAAUUUUAAUGUUAUAAAAUAGAGAGUAGAGAGAUUAGAAUCUGUAAUAGAUCAUUAAACUAAUGAAAUUGAAGAUUGGAAAAAAAAAUACAAAGAUGUAUGUUAAAAUGAUUAAAGUACAUCCUUUAUUGAAAACAUAGUAGUUUUAUUAUUUUUAAUUAGGAAAAAUCAUAUAUUAAGGAAAAUGAAAGAUUAAAGUAAAUUAACUAAACUUAUUUAUAAAAAAUUUAGAACCUUGAAUAAAAUAUCAAAGAUUUAGAAUAUAAAGUGAAUGAUUAGAAUAAUUAAAUUAUUGCUUAUGAAGAAGAAAGAAUUAAUCUCUUAGAAUAGCCAAAUAAUGUAAUAAAAUUUAACUUAGAGGAAUACAUAACACUUUUUGAAAAAGUAUUAUUAAUUUAAAUAUAUUUAUAGAAUAUCUCAGAUCUAAUUAAAAUAGAAAAUGAUAAUCAAAAAUAAUAUGAUAAUAUAAAGGAAUAAUUUUAAUAUUUUCAUAAUAAAAUGAAUUAGAUGAAUUUCAAAACCAACAACAUAAAUUAGCUUAAGAAUAUUUUAAAUGAACUGAAAAAUAAUCUUAAAAAAUAAAUAAAUGAAUGA